GUCGACACCAGAGAGGACAGGAAGAGGAAGGGAGGCCGUGACUCUCGUCACGUCUCGUGAGGUCUGAUCUCAGUCUGCAGCACAGACGUCAUGGAGGUCACAGCUCUCUGCUUCACCCUGAUGGUGGAGCUGCUGGUCCUGCUGGUGGACCCCCGUUGCUUUGCUGCUCUUCCUCGGGUUCGUCCAGACAGACUGCAGUUCUUUGAAUAUGAGAACGUGACUGUAGACUGUGCAGCGUUCUCUGGAUCGACUGAAUGGAGAGUGAUGAGGAAACUGAACCAAACCCAACCAAAGAGGUCUGUCAGCUGGAACUCGUCGUCCCCGUCCGUCUCCAUCCAUCCAGCCUUUAGUUAUGACAGUGGAGCGUACUGGUGUGAAGACUCGGAGGGGAGAACCGGUGAUGCCCUCAGCAUCACCGUCACCGAUGGGUCCGUGAUCCUGGAUGUUCCUGCUCGCCCUGUGGAGGAUGGAGACCACCUGGUCCUCUGCUGUACGAUGAAAGAUCUUAAAAUCAUCGCUGAUUUCUACAGAGACGGCUCCCACCUGGGGACGCGGUAUGACGCCACGCUGACGCUCCCAAACGUCUCCCAGGGGGACGCAGGACUCUACUGGUGCAGCGUCUCUGGAGCCGGGACCUCCCCACAGAGCCGGCUGGGGGUCCGGAAGCAGGCUGAAGCAGCAGAUGAGGAGACUGGUCACCUGACCUCCACCCACCCCACCCAACUGACCCCCACCCACCCGCCUCUCCCCCUCACCGGCCCCUCCCCUCUGCUCGGGGUGGUGGUUUGCGUGUUGGUGGGGGCUCCGCUGCUGCUGCUGGGGGGACUUCUUCUCUGUAGGAACCGUGAAGCAGAAGCAGAGGUGUCUUCAGCAGGUUCCCCGGAGGAGACGCUCCUCUAUUCCAUAGCCUACUAUCGGCUUGGCGGCGAGGCUGAAGGCCGGAGGAGACAACCUGCCCGAAGUUCUCCUCCUGUGUGACGCCGAGGAGGCCUCAGGGUCUCCCUGCAACGCCCGCUUGGUACGCUGCAAGAUGCCUCCAGCUUUUUCAAUUUGUGUUUGUACAAAAGAUGGUUUCUGGAUUUUAAAUUACCUGCAAAAGUUUUCUUUCCAGUAUGAAAUUAUUAUUUUUAAGAGUGACUGAAUCUAUCUGAAUCUUUUCAUGGUCACUGAUCAGCUGAUCGCUCCCUGAAGGUUCGGCACUAAUAAAGACGCUGCUGCUGAAA